CCUUCUCUCUCUAUAAACACAAUCUCUCUCUCUAAAUCUAAGCUCCAAUGGCAGUUUCAGUCGAAUCUCCAUCUCCUGUUAACCUCAACAAGGAAUCAAAUAGCUUUAUGAGUUCGUCUCCUAUGUUCAGCCCUUCAUCAGAUAAGCGCUUCUGGAGCACGCUCCGAGGCCGUAUUGAAACACUUCUCGACAAUCGGAAGCCUAUUUAUCAGUCUUCUUCCACACAAACGAAUGCUGGAGAAUUUGACCGUGCAAAAAGAAUGAAGGAGGACUCGUUGCUUCUGCUCAGAGGUUUUGACUCUGUUGCCUAUUCUCUGUCUCAGCUAUCUAGCAAUCUAGAUAAUGCACUUCAGGGAGCAAGAGAUCUUGCAAGACCACCCACAUUAACUGAAAUGUUUCAUAGCGCAAUGGAAAAGGCUAAAAACAAAGAAGAUGAAUCUGAAGAAGCAGCAGAAGAGAAAGGAGAAGAAGAUGAAGAGGAAGCCAAGAGAGGAUUGAAAAGGAAGUUUGCUACUCAAGAAUGUUGUGUGGAAAAAGAAGAUGAUGAUUCACAUAAGGACAAUGAGAAGAAGCUCAAUAAAGCAAAAAAUCUUGCGAUUUCUAUGGCGAGCAAUGCGGCUUCAUUUGCAAGAGAACUGAAAUUGAUAAAAUCAGAUUUGUGUUUUGUGCAAGAGAGAUGCGCUCUGCUUGAAGAGGAGAACAGGAGGCUUCGUGACGGGUUUGCCAAAGGGAUUAGACCUGAGGAAGAUGAUCUGGUGAGGCUUCAACUGGAGGCUCUGCUUGCUGAAAAAUCCAGAUUAGCAAAUGAAAAUGCGAACUUAACUAGGGAAAACCAAUGCCUGCACCAGCUUGUUGAGUACCACCAACUUACCUCCCAAGAUCUGUCUGAAACCUAUGAGCAUAUAAUAAGAGGAACUUGCUUAGACUUUUCGUCUCCACCGCCAUCCAUACCAGAGGAGGAUGGUGAUGAAGUUUUAACAAAGACACCAAAAGGCGGUGAGCGUUUUGGGUUAUCCACUUCUCUUAAUGAAUUCUACUGUCAAGAACAGUAGAGGCAGAAGAUCUUCGUAAGGGGGCACAGGACACGGUCUUCUUUUCAUUUUAGAUCUGGUGUUGAAGUUUCACUCCCAAGUGUAAAUUUUGAUGUCUGUUAUCAGAUGGAUUUUUUAUA